UCCGCCCCGGCCCGGCUCCGCCGCUUCCCGGCGGCAUGGCCGUGUUCCACGACGAGGUGGAGAUCGAGGACUUCGAGUACGACGAGGAGACCGGGACCUACAGCUACCCGUGCCCCUGCGGGGACAGAUUCCUCAUCACGCGGGAGGACCUGGAGAACGGGGAGGACGUGGCCACCUGCCCCAGCUGCUCCCUGAUCCUGCGCGUCAUUUACGACCAGGAGCAGUUCAUGCGGGAUGAAGUCGUGGCAGAACCUUUACCAAACAAGGAAUUGGUCAAGUGCUGAUGAAUGCAUCGUGGACUGUGCUGCUUUGGGAUGAGAAAGUAUGGGGAUGCUGACUGCAGAAAGAGUUGUGGUUCUCCUUCUGGGAGUGCAUGUUGCUGUGGGAUACAAGUGCAAUAAUUGUCUGUCUU